AUGGAAUUUACUUCAACCCCAGACUUACCUCCAACAUCUGAUCCAGCGUUACUCGAAGAUUGGGAGGAUUCAUUCGUCCCUUUAGAUCUACCAUCAAACAUCAAGUCGGACGAAUUCGAAGCUUUACAUCUACUUGAAGAGGAAACUCGACUGAGAAAGAAUAGAGAAAAGGAAGUCAUUCAACAUAGAGCUUGGAAAGUCGCAGAGGUUUUUCGAAGUGAGGCAGAUCAUAUUCAGGAAUCACCAAUUCGAAUAACUUCCUCCAAGCAGCAACAUUCCUUCUUUAUCCCUUCCUCCCCACCGAAUCUCAAGAUGCCGCUAGUAUCAUCGCCAAUCGAAUACCCUCAAAGUUCCUCACCACCUCCAAUAAAAAGGCCACAUCCAGUAAAAGCGUCGGACCUCAGAAAGCCACUUAAUGUUGGAGGGUUUCUGUUAGAUGAUGGCUCAGAUAUUGAGGAAGACUUUGAACAACCUGCGGCAAAGAGACGGAUGACUGAGAAACCCACGGAUCCAAUCAUCAUACCGGAAGAAGAAUCACAAAAAGCCUCCGCAAAGGAGAUACAACCUUCAAGGACAGGGCCACGCCAAACUGUCAGCGGUUUCAUGAUUGACGAAUCUGAUGAGGAAAACGAGGAAGAUUCAGUGGUGGAGGUUUCGCGAGACACACAAUUGCCUAAACCUGCCUUCGAACCUUCAACAUAUUCUAUUGGGAGUAACCUUAACACAUCCACGUUGCCAGCCUUCCUAAACAACACAACGAGAAAAGCUGGAGACAUACAAACAUGCUCAGGAAAGUCUUUCUCAAUAAACCUAAAGAAGAAGGCUGCACCUAUAUCGUUCGAGAAACUGGUAGCAGCUAGAUCUGUGACAAAAGCAGGAAAAGCAAAGAAGAGUUACUAUGGGAUAAACAUAUCAGAGUUGGUCGAGGAAGCUUCAAAGGAGACGAAGGCGAAGGAAUCGAGUAAAGCUAAGACGGAAAAUGAAAUCAUACCCUCAAUUGAGAAUCUUACAGGGAAGAAACCGCGCAAAACAUUGAUGUGGACUGAAAAAUAUAGGGCAAGACAUUUCAUGGAACUUUGUGGAGACGAUCGCACACACCGUCAAGUACUACGAUGGCUCAAAGCUUGGGAUCCUAUUGUUUUCCCUAAAUCUGGAAAACCUAAAGUUGUACCAACGAAGAAGUUCGGGGAACCAGAUGAUGAAAAGCCUCAUCGCAAAAUUCUUUUGCUUACGGGACCUCCCGGUCUUGGCAAAACUACUUUGGCACAUGUUUGUGCUAGGCAAGCUGGUUAUGAAGUUAUGGAAAUCAAUGCUAGCGAUGAACGAAGUCGAGAUGUAGUAAAAGGUCGAAUUCGAACAAGUGUUGGCACGGAAAAUGUCAAGACUGGUUCGACUGUUACAUCAAAAUCUGGACAUGUAUCGAAGAAUGCCCACCCACUUUGUGUGGUUGUUGAUGAAGUUGAUGGAGUUGUAGGAGGUGCUGGUGGAUCGGGUGAGGGUGGAUUUAUCAAAGCUCUAAUUGAUCUGGUACUUCUGGAUCAAAAGAAUUCUUCGACAGUGGGCGCAAAUACCAAUUACUCGAAGAAAAAGAAAGGUGAUGAUUUUCGACUUCUGAGACCCUUGAUUUUGGUUUGUAACGAUGUAUAUCAUCCUUCUUUGAGACCGCUACGCAAUUCGAGUUUCGCCGAAAUCAUACAUAUCCGAAAGCCACCGUUAGAUGCUGUUGUUCAGCGAAUGCAAACAGUUUUUGAGAAGGAAGGAGUAUCCUGUGAUAGUGACGCUAUUCGCCGAUUAUGUGAAGCAACGUGGGGAAUAAGUCCCAUGGAUACUAAGAAAGGGGCUGAAGGAACUGGUGAAGGCGAUCUACGAAGUAUUUUGGUAGUAGGAGAAUGGGCAGCAGGGAAACUCAGAACUGAGUCUAAAGGCGAAAGACCUCGCUUAACUAGAAAAUGGGUCGAACAGAACAUGACUGGUGAUCUAUCUCACGGUGGAGGUGGAUCUCGGGCUGUUGGGCGAGGAGGUAUCAAAGAAGUUGUGAAUCGUGUGUUCCUGGAAGGAGCCGGUUUCCCUAGGCCAACAAGUUUCAAAAACAUAGUACCAGAAGACGCAUUUAACGCAGGGCCAAAAACGCAGCUUGGUGUUGCUGAACUUGCUCGGAAAGCAGGUAUGGAGCGCCUUGGUUCCAUGAUCGAGACUAGUGGUGAUACUGAUAGGAUCAUGACCGAUAUCUUUGGUGAAUAUCCUAAUCAACCCUUCAAUGAUGACUCGAUACUUUCUAAACCAGAUGCUGCUUACGAAUGGCUACAUUUUCAUGAUAGUUGUUCAUCACGCGUCUUUUCGGGUCAGGAAUGGGAAUUGGCUGGCUAUCUUACUCAACCCGUUCUAGCAUGGCAUCAUUUAUUUGCAUCGCCCGCUCGUCACUAUUUCCGUUCCGACAAUCAGCCAAACAAGAAGUGGAGCAAAAACGACGAAGAUGCUGAACCAGAAGCAGAGCCCUUACCAUUCACCGGCCCGCGUGCUGAUUUCUCGGCCUUUGAAAUGGAGAAGUUAAACAGAAACACGAUUCAAGAACUACAAUCUCAACUUGACGCGAAACUUUUGAGAAGUUUUAGAAGUUGCGAGGAUAUAGCUAUGGAUUUAUUGCCUUAUGUUGUACGUAUGAUAAGUCCAGAAGUAAAACCUAUCAUCGUAGGAGGAAGCGGUGAAACGAAAGGUAUAGCCAGUGUACGCAAGGAUUCUGAAAAGAGAAUGGUCAAGAGAGCUGUAGAUGUCAUGAACGAAAUCGGUGUAAUAUAUGAGAGAGGAAGGUUGGAGGGUAGUGAUGUAGGCGCGAAAUGGGGUGCGAGUGAGUGGGUUUAUAGGAUGGAACCACCUCUUGAUACGCUAGUUACGUUCUUAACAUCACCUAUCAAAAAUGAUGCGACGAAUGUGAGGUAUGCGGUGAGACAGGUCCUGGAUCAGGAAUAUCAGAAAAAUAUUAUCGUGCGCGAGAAUAAGGCGAGACAGGCGCGGUUUAAGAUGGGGAAUGUGGAUGGAGGGGAUGAGGAAUAUUCUUUUGAGAAGGGGAAGUUUGGGAAGGGGAAGAGUGAGAAAAAGGUUCUGGGGACGGGGACGGGGAAUGAGAUUAAGAAGGAUUUCUUUGGGAGGGUGUUGGAAGAUAGAGGGGUGGGGAGGGGGGGUACUGUGGGAGCGGGAGAGAAUAGUGGGGGUGGAGAAAAGAAAAUGCCGGAAAAGAAAGUGUGGGUUACGUUUCAUGAGGGAUUUUCGAAUGCGGUCAGGAAACCAAUUACGAUUGGGGAGUUGAUGAGAGGGUUGUGA